AUGGAGCCGUUCUGCCGCAAUAGUGCAGUCGCUCGGCACUAUGCCAAAUGCUUCCGCCAGAGGAGUACCGAGAGCAAUAGUUUUGGCAUGGCUGGAGCAGUUUGUUCCGUGCGACCCCUAAGCUUAGAGGACUAUUUGUACCAACUGCAAGAUGAGCCCGGGAGCACCCAAGUGUUCAUUGGCGAGUUGCACAUGAAGGGAGACUUCGUAAAGUUCAACAAUAACGGGGGCAGCGUCAACAAAGCGGAGCAUCGUGCUCAUUGCGAGAUUGCACAAGCGUUUUCGCAUUUCACAUUCGAUGAAAGCCACCGGGAGCUGCUGGUCGUGGACAUCCAAGGGGUGCCGGCAGUUGACGAGAAGACUGGAGGAAUCAAGUUGCACUUGACAGAUCCACAGGUGCACUGCCGGUAUGGGAACUACGAGUCCUUCGGUGAUGGUGACCUCAAAGAAGACGGUGUCAGGAAGUUCUUUGGGACACACGUGUGCAACCGUCUGUGCCGCAAAAUGAAGCUGCGCCCCGUCUCGGAGUACGACUUCAUCCCUCCAAAGGCGGUGGUGCAGUUUCCCGGUGUCUCAGAGGCGUUCCUCUGGACGUUAACAGCCGAGACACUGAAGACUGUCCGCGCCAAGUAUGGCCUGGCUGAAGUGGUCUUUCCCAAUUCCAUCAUUGGACCACUGCUGGAAGCAAAGCUGUGGGGCCGCACACGUGACACCAGCCGGGCAAAAGAGGCAAUUGAACAAUCUGUGGAGCGCCUCCUGAAGGAGCACUGCUAUUGGGUGCCCCUCAGCAUCCAUGUGGACCAGGUCGCUCUGAAGAAUUGCUUGGCGAAGCUGGACGGGGUGCAGACUUUCCCUUGGCCAGGCAUGUGGCCGCGAUAUGUGUUGGUCCAUCCUUUGAAAGCUGGACCAGAAGUGGAGCAGACGCUCCAAAACCAGAUUUCUUCCUCGGACUUGGAUGGCUUCCAGUUGGUUUAA